AUGUCUAGUGCAGAUAUCCAACGAUAUAGUAAAUUAAUUCAAUUUACUUUAAAUGAUAAAGAUAUAGAAAUAAUUUUAAAUAAACUUAAUCAACCUAUAAAUUCAAUUUCAACUUUUAAUAGAAGAAAAUUGCUAUUAUUAUUUAACAAUUCUUUAGAUCGAAAUAAUAUAAUUAACAUUAUUGUUAAUCAACAAGCAAAAAGUCAAAAAGAAUCUUCAAUAACUUAUUCUGAUGUAUCCUUACCAUCAAAUUCAAAUAGUAAUUUGGUAAUUAAGAUGAAGAAAUUGUUUUUCUAUCGAAAUUUUACAGCUCUAACCAAUUGGGAAACAAUUUCAUGCAAACAUUUAUCAAAUUCUGUAAAUCUAAUUAAUUUAAGUAAAACGAUUAUGUUUAAUUUACCUGAAAAAAUUAAAAAAAACAUACUAGGAAAAGAUAAUAAUUCAUGUAAGAAUGUAAUUUUGUUACGUUCUGUUCAAAUAAAUUCUGAUCAAAAUGAAUAUUAUGAUAGUUAUCCAACUAAUUUGAAAUUAUUACUAGAUAAAAAUGAUUACUCUUAUCUUUUACCUAGAGAAAUUGCAAAAAAAAUAGGAAAUAAGAAGGAGAGAGCUAAUUAUCCUACAUCACUUAAUAAUUUGGUUUUAGAUAAAAUUAAAAUGGAUGAAAAAACUUCUAAUAUUUCUAUUGUUGUAUCAUAUAAUAAUAAAUCUAUGUCUGAUUUUGAAUAUUCUUUACAAAUUGUUGCUUGUGAAGAGGUUCCUGAGGAAGAGAUAAUUGAUGAAGUUUUAAAAAGACCUAAAAAAACUAAUAUGGAUUUUAUGGAAGAAUUAAAAACAUACUUGAUUUCUAAAGGUGAUGUUAGAGUGGAAAAAAUAAGAGUUAUCCUUAAAGAUUCUAUUUUUCUUAAACUAAUAGAAAUUCCAUUUCGUGGUAAGAAUUGUAAACAUUUGAUGCCUGAUGAUUUAAAAAGUUAUAUAAAAAUAAAUAAGAUUAAGGAGGAUUGGUUGUGUAGGAUAUGCAAUGAAUCCUGUAAUCCAGAUGAUAUUUUUAUUGAUCAGUUUUACAUUGAUCUUCUUGCCAAACAUCCAUAUGCUACUGCUGUUGAUAUUUAUGAAAAUGGAAAUUAUGAAGUUGUUGAAGAAAGUAACUUUGAUAAAGAUUCUGAUGAUGAUACUUUUAUAGAAGAAAAAAAAAUAAAAUCAAAACGUUGUUGUUUAAAAACAGUUGGUUAA